AGCGCGCGGCGGGCUCCUGGGAGCGUGCCCGGACUGCGGCGCAGCUCCCGCCUGCCGCCCCGGCCCCGCCGAGCCCCCGGCCCGCGCCGCGCUCCUCCGAGGCGGCCGCCGGGCGACACUGCAGGCCUGGCGUUGCCGGCGACGGCCGGGCUUGGCGCCGGUGCGUGCGCGCUGCAGGAGGCCGGCCGGGAGCCGGGAGCCGGGAGCCGGGAGCCGGGAGCCGGGAGUCGGGAGCCGGGAGCCCGGAGCCCGAGCGGGAGCUGAGAGGCGGCCCCUCCGCGGAGCCUGGGCCCAGCUGCUUCAGUGGGCAUCAUGGCCAUGGAUGUGGCUGAAUACCACCUGAGCGUAAUCAAGAGCCCCCCUGGCUGGGAGGUGGGUGUCUACACUGCUGGGGCCCUGGCACUGCUGGGAAUUGCAGCGGUGAGCCUGUGGAAGCUCUGGACAUCGGGGAGCUUCCCCAGCCCCUCCCCGUUCCCAAACUACGACUACAGGUACCUUCAGCAGAAGUACGGGGAGACCUACGCAGAGGCCAAGCAGAAGAGAGUGCCUGCUUGGAAUGCCCAGCGGGCCAGCACUCGGGGACCACCCAGUCGCAAAGGCAGCCUCAGCAUUGAGGACACCUUUGAGAGCAUCAGCGAGCUGGGGCCCCUGGAGCUGAUGGGCCGGGAGCUGGACCUGGCCCCCUACGGGACCCUCCGCAAGUCCCAGUCGGCGGACUCCCUGAACUCCAUCUCCUCCGUGAGCAACACCUUCGGGCAGGACUUCACACUGGGCCAGGUGGAGGUGAGCAUGGACUACGAUGCGGCCUCCCACACCCUCCACGUGGCUGUGCUGCAGGGCAAGGACCUCCUGGAGCGGGAAGAAGCCGGCUUCGAGUCCUGCUUCAUGCGCGUCAGCCUGCUGCCCGAUGAGCAGAUCGUGGGCAUCUCCCGGAUCCAGAGGAAUGCCUAUUCCAUAUUCUUCGAUGAGAAGUUCUCCAUCCCCCUGGACCCUGCCGCCCUGGAGGAGAAGAGCCUGCGGUUUUCUGUGUUUGGCAUCGAUGAGGAUGAGCGGAAUGUCAGCACGGGGGUGGUCGAGCUGAAGCUCUCUGUGCUCGACCUCCCACUGCAGCCCUUCAGCGGCUGGCUCUACUUACAGGACCAGAACAAGGCUGCAGAUGCUGUGGGCGAGAUCUUGCUGUCCCUCAGCUACCUCCCGACGGCUGAGCGCCUCACGGUGGUGGUGGUGAAAGCCAAGAAUCUCAUCUGGACCAACGACAAGACCACAGCAGACCCCUUCGUCAAGGUGUACCUGCUUCAGGAUGGGCGGAAGAUGAGCAAAAAGAAGACGGCUGUGAAGAGGGACGACCCCAACCCAGUGUUCAACGAAGCCAUGAUCUUCUCAGUGCCAGCCAUCGUGCUCCAGGACCUGUCUCUCCGUGUGACGGUGGCUGAGAGCAGCAGUGACGGCCGAGGGGACAACGUGGGCCAUGUCAUUAUCGGGCCGUCAGCCAGCGGCAUGGGCACCACACACUGGAACCAGAUGCUGGCCACGCUGCGUAGGCCCGUGUCCAUGUGGCACGCCGUUCGGCGAAACUAGCAGUCAGCAAAACGGGCCGGGGUGGGCACCGAGCUGCCCGGGGCCUGGCCCAUGCUCAGCUCCGAUGCCCCUCCCUAGUCCAGUGGGAGCCGUGAGUGCUGGGGUCCCCCACCGGAGCCCCCAUGAGCCAUCUUGGUCCUUCUGUCCAGACUGCAAUGGAGGAGUGGGCCUGGCCAGGUGUCUAGGGACCCAGGGUUUUCUCCCACGGAGGGCCAGCUGGAACUGGGCCACGACCCAGGAAAGGCAGCCUGGCACUGGCCCAUCAUGCUCCCAUUUUGAGAUCCCCAACCGGCCUGUCCCUCGGCCUGGGGUGUUGGGGCUUAGUCUCUCAGGGCUCUCCACGCCCCACCCCUGCUGGGAGGCCAGGGCUAAGCUGGGUCAUGUACGGGAAACUCGUGAGUCUCGGGGGCCAGACGCUGUGCUAGACACCAGCAGACAUGACAUGAAGAGGACACGGCCCUUAGGAUGGCCGGAAGACAAGACCCCCCUGUGCUGGGGAUCCACUCAGUGCUGGACGCGGCCAGGGCAGAGCUCUGGGGGCUGCAGGGACAAGAUGGGAGCCGUGCCCUGAGGGGCAGGAGAGGAACUGAGUAUCGCAGGCAGGCAGCCAGCCCAAGCAAGGUGGACAUGAACUUCCCCGACACAACCUGUCCUCAGCCUCUGGGCAGGAGAAGUGACCAGGAGACUAGGCCAAGCAGAGGCCUGCAGGUGGAUGCUGGCUCUGGAGUCACGCUCUAUGAAAUCCGCUCCCUUGAUCCAUAACCCUUGCAAGGCCCAGAGGUCCUUGUGUUCGGUCCCAACUGAAUUAGGCAUUGGCUCCAUACCUCCAGGCCAGGCCCUAUUGGGAAGAAAGAUGCCUCAGCCUGUGGGUAGCUGGUGGGCAGCGGGGCAGGCAGAAUACAGACUGCAGGGGGUCCGUGGGAGAGGCCUUUGUGGGCCUUGGAGGAAAGGGGCGGUCUGAGCAGGGACAGUGAGGGGAAGUCGAGGGGCAUCCGGAUUGAGAGCAGUGGGGUGGGGAGGGGAGCAAGUUUGAAUGCCAGACUGGGAAGGAGGUGGCACCCAGUGUCCUAGGUCAAGUUCUAGAAGCGGAUCCUGAGAUUCUCAGGCAAGGGGUUGGUUGGGAGGGGGGCAGGGAGCCUUUCUCCCUCUGGAGAAGACUGGAGGGCAGAGAGGAAAGCCAUGAGCAGGGGCAGAAGCUAAGCAUGUUAUGGCUUCCGGAGUGUCUAGCUCUAGCCUGAUGGCCUGAGGACCUCUGUUGUGUGACUGGCCCCCCAGAGGGGUCCUGCCGAGAAGCAAAGGGGCUGGGCUCUUUAGCCCCCACAGGGCUUUGGCUACCACCCCCCACCCCCCAGCUGAGGAAGAGCGUGCAUACUUUCCAGCUGUCCCUGGCUGAGGCAGCCCCCAUCCACCAGAGGCGGCCUCAGAGAAGCAGGCAGCUGAGGGGUGGGUGCCCCUGCCAGUUCAGAGGGAUGGGGUGGGGGAGGGUGGUAUCUGCUCCCUGGGGCCACCCACAGGUCAGGGCAGGGCUCUCGGGCUGGCUGCCUCUGGCACUGGUGAGCUAGGGAGACCCAGGCCCAACCAGCGCCCCCCCCCACCCAGUGCGGCUGGGAGAGCCCAGGGUGGUCAUGGGACUGGAGGCAGAACUGUGGCCCUCCCCACCUGACACGGCUGUGGCCCAGCCCUGGGGCCGGCACCAGGAGGUCUGCACGGGGUCCAGGGACACCGCUGGUGAGCCUCUGCAGCCGGGGCGACCCAGACUCUUCCUGCCCCAGUGACUAAGCAGCACAGGCAGGCCAUUUACACCCCCCUUCUCUUCCCCCUCCUUCCCUCCCUCUAACUGCAUGAACUGUGGACUGUGUACCGGGGACGGGCACGGUGGGGACCGAGUCUGCUGACUGGAAUGAUUCUAGAACCAAAAUAAAGCUGGGGCAGGAAGGAGGGGGCUUCCGGGGAGCCUGGCUCAGCCCCAAAUCACCUUGGUCUCUUCUCCAGGAAUCAGGGACUUGGGUCUCUGUGUGGGUUGCUCUGAGUGGACCGCCCUGCUGCUGGGUACGCAGAGGGGAAGGAGGCCCCCGUCUGGCUGGGGAGGCCAUCACAAGGACCAAUGCCAUCAGACUGCUUGGGAAGCUCCGAGAAGGGGCCCUGAGCCAGGCCUGGUGGGGAGGAUGGCAAUAGAGAAUACCACGGAGGGCUUCCUGGUGGUGUCGCUGAGCCGUCUUCAGGGCAAGAAGAACCAUAAGGUUGAAAAAGGUAGACAAGGCCAAAAAAGCAUUUCUGGAAGAGGGAACAAUACACAAAAGGGCAGGAGCGGGCAAAAAAUGGGCCAACUCGUCAACCUUGCGAGAGCAAAUUUGGGGGAGGCUGAGGAGAAGAGAACCAAAAGAAAGGGAGAAAAGGGUCGUCCAAGUUCAGUGGGUGCCAGUGCCAGGCUGCAAUCCUGCAUCCCUCCCUACCCAGAGGGAGGUACUGUUGUCAUCCCCUUUUUUGCAGGUCCGGAAACAGAAGCUUAGAGAAGUUAGGUAACUAGUCCAAGAUCACACAGCCAGAAAGCCUCAGAGCUGGGACUCAAGCUCCAGCUGUCUGGCUCCGAAGCUCAUGCUCUUAACCGUCAGGCCACACUGCCCCCUUCCCCAACUCCCCCAGGCUGCUCUAGUUUCUCCCUCCCCUGCCCUGGAAGAUCACAGCAAGUAUAGGAGGAUGAUCUAGGUGGAAAUCACCAGCAGUCCCCAGGAGGCCUGCCUCCCACAGGGCUCGAGGGUCCCAGGCCCCCUUCGUCUGGGAUGCUUCCGGGACAGGCCGCACUGCAUCCAAGAGGACAGGUAUGGAGGUCAGUGACCUGACCACACUGGGCCACGCCUGCGUGUGGGAGGGGUGGGGUGAGCCAGCCUAGCGCCCGCAGCCGCUCAGAGCUUCACUUCCUCUCUCCUGCCUCAGCCAACUAUGCCGACAGGUGCCCAAAGGGACAAACAGAAAGGCUAAAUAAACAUAAGAUGGGCCACAGGGGGCGCCUGGGUGGCUCAGUUGGUUAAGCGACUGCCUUCGGCUCAGGUCAUGAUCCUGGAGUCCCAGGAUCGAGUCCCGCAUCGGGCUCCCUGCUCGGUGGGGAGCCUGCUUCUGCCUCUGACCCUCCCCCCUCUCAUGUGCUCUCUCUCUCUCUCAUUCUCU